AUGCAACGAAGAAAACGGCAAAACAACAACAAUGUUAAAAAUUCAAAUAAUCAUAAAAAACAAAAAUUACAAGAUAAAAAUUUAGCUAAUGAAAUUUUUUAUGAAAUAUUUGAAUAUCUUGAUAUGCAUGAUAUAUAUAAAGGUUUUUUUAAUCUUAAUAAACGAUUUAAAAAUUUAAUAAUUUAUUCAAAUUUUUUAAAUCAAAUCAAUAUUUCAAUAAUAUCAAAAAAUGAUUUCAAAAAUUAUUAUAAUAAUAUUCUUAUACCGUAUCGAUAUCGAAUAACUUUACUUCGUUUAUCAAAUCCAUUUGUUGCUGAUCUUAUAUUUUCACCAUUACGUAUAAUUUUACAUUUUAAUCAUCUUGAAAAAUUAAUUCUUGAUAAAAUACAAAUGAAAUUUUUAAAUAAUAUUUUUAAUUAUUUAAUGUAUUUACCAAAAUUUCAUUCUUUAACUAUUUCCAUUGGUGAUUAUAUUGAAUCAUUAGAUAUGAUUUUCUUUGAUUUAUUUCAUUUAUCGAAAUUAAAUUAUUGUAAAAUUAAAUAUGAAACUAAAAAUUCAGAAUAUCCAUUAUCUAUUCAUAUGACAGAAUAUAAUUUAAGUUCAAUUCAAUAUUUAAUUAUAAAUGGUCGUUUUCCAUUUAAAUCAUUAAAUAAUUUAUUAUGUGCACUAACUAAACUUCGUCAUUUAUCAAUGAAUAAUCUUAUUCAUCGUCAAGUUUAUUUUCAAAGAGAAAAUAUAUUACCAAUUCAAUUAAAAUAUAUAAAAUAUAUUUUUUUUUAUUAUGUUCAAAUUUUACGUCUUACAACAAAAUAUGACGAAGCUUUUUUAGAUGCUAAACGUUGGGAAUAUUUCAUUAUAUCCUAUAUGCCAUAUUUACGUAUAUUUGAUAUAAAUCAUGAAAAUUAUAAAUUUUGGAUUAAAAAAAAUUGGUUUUUUACACAUCAACAUGAUUGGGCAAAACGUUUAGAUAGUGGAAUGUUUUAUUCGACAAAUCCAUAUCGACGAAAAGAUUAUGAAUUUCAUUGGGAAAUCGAGAAACAAAAUUGUUCACAUUUUCAAGAAAUGAAUUUAAAUUCAGUUGAACAUCUUUCGAUUAAAAGUAGACAAAUACAAAAUAUUUAUUUAAAUUAUUUUCCAAAUGUUACUCAAUUGUCUAUUAAACAUUAUUUUCAAACAUCUGAUGAUUCGAUUAUAAAAACUCUUAAUCGUAUGAUACCUCUAGUACAAUUGAAGAAAUUAACUAUUGAAUCUUAUGAUUUUCCAUUUGAAGAAGAAAUAACACCACAAUUAAUUGUAAAAAAAGAAAAUUUUCAAUAUGUAUUAAAAACAAAUAAAAUAAAAUAUUUAUCUAUUCGUGAAUCUUGUGUAUUAAAUAAAAUUCAAUUGAUUGUUAAAUUAUUUCCACAAUUAGAAUAUUUGAAAACAUGUAUGAAUCGAAAAGAAAUUGGACAAAUAACAAAAUAUUUAUUAUUGAAAACUAAUCAAAAUACUCAAAAUUUAUUUUUAUUAUGCAUUUCAGAAAUACCAAAAAUAUGUUUAAAAGAAUUAAAAUUUUUAAUUAAAUCAGAAAAUUUACUUGAUGAUUAUUUUAUUAAAUUUAUUAAUCGUGAUUUAUAUUUAUGGUGGAGAUAUUUAGUUGUUUAG